GCUCUACUUCAUGCGUAAAGUUCAAUGCAGCGAGAGAAAACCAGUUUGAAGGCGACAAGACAGCGCAGUUAUGGGAAUCACGAUUUCCCAGUUCUUCCAACGAAUGGGCGAUCUCUACCGCUCUUUCUCAAAUCGUGACGCCCGUAUACUCAUGGUCGGUUUGGAUGCAGCUGGAAAGACCACGAUUUUAUACAAGCUCAAGUUGAACGAAACAGUAAGCACUAUCCCAACUAUUGGAUUCAACGUAGAAACUGUUUGUCCCUGCAAAGGAGUCACUUUUACAGUUUGGGAUGUCGGCGGCCAGGAGAAGAUCCGUCCUUUAUGGCGCCACUAUUUCCAAAACACCCAAGGAUUAAUCUUUGUCGUGGACAGUUCUGAUUUGGAAAGAAUCUCAGAAGCCAGGCAGGAGCUCUUCAGCGUUCUUGAAAGCCCCGAGAUGGAAGGCGUGCCUGUCGUAGUCAUUGGCAACAAGCAGGACCUUCCUCGCGCUCUAAAGUCACACGAGUUAGCCCAGCAAUUAUCUCUUCUGCAACACAAGGCGCACCCCUGGCAUGUGCAGGAGUCGUGCGCGAAGAACGGCGAGGGUAUUUAUGAAGCAAUGCACAAACUGAGUGAGAUGGUCAAGGAGUUUGAGAAAAGUUCAAGAAAAUACUGACUGAAAGAAACAGUGGUUGGCUUCUGAAGACUACUAGCUGCAGGACGGUAAAUGACUAUUGCACUCCACUUUAAACAUUUUCUAAUUUUUGUAUCGUUUUUAGUGAGGAAAACAUUUACACGGCAAGUUUAAGAACGGCUUGAUAACUAUCUAACUGUGAUCAGUUUGGAUCUAAUGGAACAUUUGUUCUUUCUUUUUUUGAUGUAAUCUCGAUCUGAUUGGGUCACACUGGACUCCAGUUGAACUAUAUAUCAAACGGCAAGAACUUAAUUUUGAUUUUUGCGUUACAUUAACGUUCGUUGCUACUGAACACGAAGAGUGUUCUAACUGAAAUAACUUUUCUUCGUAGAGUGAUCAAGUCUAAGUUAGAAUAAUAAAGGCAGUUGCAAUUUCAUAGUGCGAAUUUUAGCUUUUGUCCAUGGGAAAGCCCAAUAUGAGAUAGAGUGUAAACCUCAGUUUUGUCAAUAAAAUUAAUAUUUGAUUGAAUCAGUGAAGUUCAUCUAUCUCUAUCAGGUUUUGAAGGCACUUGUUGCAGACUGACGCCAUAUUUAAAAGCGAUAUAAAAACUAUAUGUCGCUUGCAGUGCCAACGUUUUUUUCCUGGCGAGCUUUGCCGGUUUGGACAAUUUUAGCCCUUGAGCCACAAACCAUAGGGUUCCUUACUCGAAUCCUAAGGACGCUCAGGUUUCCUCUCUCCCGACGCUUUCCUUACUUCCGGGCCAAGAUGGUGCUUUAUAAUUACAAACAAAAAGAAAGCAAACAAGAGCAACUGUCAGCUUAAAAUGCGAGCAGCCCACACGUACACGCGCGAACGUUGACUCAGACUUCUCCCCGCCCGACCACUUCUCUAGCUCGCGCAUGUGCCUGCUCGGAGGCUGGUAUACGUGACGCGACACAAAGACCAAUAGCGCGUGCAGUUACAUUGUAACUGUCCCGUGAGUGUAAAAGCAUGGAUAGUAAAGGCUGACAAAGAAACAGGCAGUUUAUUUACUGCAGACUGCAGAUCGAAGAGGAAAGCAGAUAUGGCAAGAGACUCGUUUGCCUGGUGGAAGUUUUUAACCAAUGAAGAUUGGUAAGUAUUGUUGAAACGGUUUACUAAAUCAGUUCAUUCGAAGUCCCGUGAAAUUUAUGAAAAGAUUGCAGUUGUGAGAAAUGGUUGGUGUGUAGAGGAUUUUAUAUUUUGAGUGAUUUUGUACAUUAAUUUUUUUCUAGCGUAAUUUCGUAGAUUUCUUUGGAAAUUU